AUGGCAGAUUAUGGGGUUCAGCAGGACCGGAAUGUCCGUCCGAACAACUACGGACAUGCGUCCUCCUAUCAACGAGAUGCGGCGUUCUCGAAUAUUUUUGGAGCUUCUCCGCCGCCAGGAAGGUCUCAGACGAUGAGCAGCCAAAUCCCUCAGCUGCCUGCUGAAAGAUCGCAAACUAUGACUUCUCAAUAUUCCGUGGCGUCUCAAAUAUCGUCCGCAGCGGCGCGAAGGCCUUCUCCAGGGGAUCGCCAACAAUCGAACGGCUAUCCUCUCUCCAACACGAAUGGAUACUAUCCAAACCAGAGACAAAGUAGUGGUCUUGUACAGCCGCAACCCCUGCCUCAAUAUCUGCCUCAACCGUUGAACCCAAACCAACGUCCUUACCCUCAACCUCAGCGCAUUGACGCUCGCCAGCCCGCGCAAUCGCAAUACAAUAGACAACCACCCAAUCGUGGGUAUCCUCCAAGCCUUGUAGACUCCUACAAGCCUAUCCCGAAUCGAGGCUAUCCUUCCAAUCCGGCUCUCAAUGCCGAUCCGUACCGAACGCAGUCCAUGGCGUCGAUGACAGCCCCCGCGACCUACAAUCCGCCUCCGAGUAAUUACAACCAGGCAUCCGCGAACUCUUUCCGUCAGCCGUCAUAUCAGUCUCUAGGGUCUAGAACGACAGCGCAAGGGCGAAUCGUUCCAGAACGGCAUGACGAGAGGGCCAUGUCGAUGAACUCUUUCUCGAUGGAAAGAGAUCAUAAUCAGACAAUGAGUGGAAGAAUUAUACCUAAUCGGAGAAGAGAGUCUGGUGCAGAGCUCCCCGCGGAUGAUGAAUCCACUCGAGAUACUCCUUCACGCACCCCAACGCUAACCAACCCAAGUGCUCGUGACAGGACCACCAACCCUGAUAGUACCCCCUCCCGAACGAUGUCUAUGGCAUCUACCAUUGUGCCUCCCUCUGAAGCAAAUGACUCUUUACAGCAUAGGCCUUCCGUACAGAAGGGGACCUCUGGUAAUAGUGCUGUCAUCUCCGCCCAAAGCAGGGCUCCACUGGUAUAUCCUGCGCUAUUAUCCCGGGUAGCGGAUGUUUUCCGAGAACGAAUAUCGGCUGGGGAUCGCAACAAGAACGAUCUGUCCUACAAAUUCGCCUUCACUGGUGCAGAAGCUGUGGAUCUAAUAUCGUACAUAAUCAAGACUACUGAUCGAAAUCUUGCUCUACUUCUGGGCCGAGCUCUGGACGCGCAGAAAUUUUUUCAUGAUGUUACUUAUGACCACCGGCUCAGGGAUUCUUCGACGGAGAUAUUUCAAUUCCGGGAAUCACUCAUGGAGGAUACGUCAACACACGUCAAUGGUGUAUUCACUCUUCUUACUGAAUGCUAUUCGCCCACCUGCACAAGAGACAGACUUUGCUAUUCUAUAGCAUGUCCCCGACGGUUGGAGCAACAGGCACGAUUGAAUCUGAAGCCACAGCCAGGAUUGAGGCGUCAGCAGUCAUCAACAAGCAUACAUGGCGAGGAGACUGAUGAGCAAAAGCUCUGGAUUAACACGGUCACAAAAGAGGUUGCUGACAGCGUGGGAGAAAAAGAGAAGAAGCGGCAAGAAGUAAUAUCGGAGAUAAUGUAUACCGAGCGCGACUUUGUGAAAGAUCUUGAAUACUUACGAGAUUUCUGGAUGAAGCCUUUGCGCUCUGCGAACACUUUGAGCCCAUCUCCAAUUCCUGAACGACAUCGGGAAAGAUUUAUUCGAACGGUGUUCUCCAAUUGUAUGGAAGUGCACCAGGUAAAUUCCCGGAUGGCUGAGUCUCUGACGAGAAGACAGCAAGAGAAUCCAGUCGUACGGAAUGUAGGUGACAUUUUCCUAGAAUGGGUACCAAAGUUUGGUCCAUUCAUCAAGUAUGGAGCCAAUCAGCUCUGGGGCAAACAUGAGUUCGAGCUGGAGCGCACAAGGAACCCCGUGUUUUCGAAAUUCGUUGAUGAGACAGAGCGCCUCAAAGAGUCAAGAAAGCUUGAAUUGAAUGGUUACUUGACCAAACCAACCACGAGAUUGGCACGGUACCCUUUACUUCUCGAAAACGUUUUGAAAUACACUGCGGAAGAUAAUCCAGAUAUCAAGGACAUCCCUAAAGCUACUGCAAUGAUAAAAGAUUUGCUGCAAAAAGUAAACACGGAGUCUGGCAAAGCCGAAAACCAAUUCAACCUGCGGCAGCUACAGUCGGCUUUGAAAUGGACCUCAGGCGGACAAGGUGAUCAUCUAAAACUUCUGGAGGAGGGUCGUGAGCUGGUCUACAAGGGCCCUCUGAAGAAGAGUCCGACGGACUCGAGCGAAGUCCAUGUGUACCUGUUCAACCACGCUCUGCUUUUUGUAAGACAGAAAACAAACAACAGACAGGAAGAGCUUCGAGUGUACAAGAAACCCAUCCCGCUUGAGCUGUUGAUCAUCACCCAAAUGGAUGAGGUCAUUCCCAAGUUAGGCAUCUCAAAAAGGCCAUCGUCAAGUUUAAUACCAGGGGCAAAGGCAGCGAUCAACGGCCCAAAAGCUGCUGGCGGCGCCAAAGAAGGCUUUCCCAUGACGUUUCGACAUAUCGGUAAAGGUGGAUUCGAGCUGACUCUUUACGCCGGCUCAACAAUUGCAAGACGGAAAUGGAUGGAGAACAUCGAAACGCAGCAGGCUAAACUUCGAGAUCGUGGUAACUUCUAUACCAAGGCAGUGCUUUGCGACAACUUUUUUACCAAUGCUCAUAAAGUAAAUUGCCUUGUGCCAAUCGAUGGUGGUCGCAAGCUUGUUUUCGGAACGGACUCCGGUGUCUAUGUAUCAGACCGAAAGCCCAAAUCGCCCGCCGCGAGACCGAGACGCGUGCUCGACAUUUCUUCGGUCACUCAAAUCGAUGUCUUAGAGGAAUACCAACUUCUACUUGUACUUGCCACCAAGAGUCUAAUGUCAUACCCUUUGGAGGUCCUGGACUCUCCUGACAAUGUGUCGCCAAUGUUGAAGAGACCAAAGAAGAUCCAGAACCAUGCCAACUUCUUCAAAGCAGGGGUUUGUAUGGGGAGACAUCUUGUGUGUUCGGCCAAAAUGUCGGGGAUUUCCACCACCAUCAAGGUGUUCGAGCCGAUGGACACAAUUUCAAAAGGCAAAAAGAAGCCAGCCAUUGGUAGGAUGUUUCAAGGUGGCCAAGACACACUCAAGCCGUUCAAGGAAUUCUAUGUACCCGCAGAAUCAUCGUCGAUAGACUUUCUAAGAUCCAAGCUAUGUGUCGCAUGUUCUCGAGGCUUCGAGGUAGUGAGCCUCGAGACCCUUGAGACGCAACCGCUUCUCGAUCACGCAGAUACCUCUCUCGAUUUCGUCACUCGUAAAGAUAUCAUCCCUAUCUCUAUCGAACGGCUCAAUGGCGAAUUUCUUCUCCACUACACUGACUUCUCUUUCUUUGUCAAUCGAAAUGGUUGGCGGGCUCGACCUGAUUGGGUGAUAAACUGGGAAGGUCGGCCUCACACCUUUGCCCUCUCGCAUCCUUACCUCCUUGCGUUUGAGCCAAACUUCAUCGAGAUACGCCAGUUAGAGACUAGCCAAUUGGUGCAUAUCAUCACGGCCAAAAACAUCCGCAUGUUACACUCUUCGACACGAGAGAUCCUGUACGCUUAUGAAGAUGAAGGCGGCGAAGACGUCGUCGCAAGCUUGGACUUUUGGUCCAAACCACCACAAUAA